AUGGCGACGCUCGUGCCACCGCCGCCCAAACGGCAGCGGCGCGAGGAGAUCGCGCGGACCAAGGUGCAGCAGGAUGUCAACGCGCUGCUGCCGCCAGACCACGGCUCGUUCAAGGCACGGUUUAUCGACGCCGAUGGCCAGCAGAUGGCCGAUGUGGUCGAGGUGCCGAUCGCCGAUGCCUCGGAGAAGAAUGUGUCGCUGCUCCUAAACACGCUGCUCGGCCGCGACCAGGACGAGUUCCUGCCCUAUCGCUUCCGCAUCCACAUCCCGACCGACGCCACCGAUGCAAAAGACGACAAGAAAACACCCCUCGUCGUCGACCAGUACCCGACCGACCUCUAUGCCCUUCUGCGCAGCCACGGCAUCGACAACCCCUUUGAGACGACGCUGACGCUCGCCGCCGAGCCGCAGGCCGUCUUCCGCGUGCAGAGCGUCACGCGGCUGGCACACCGCAUCCCUGGCCACGGCCAGUCAAUACUGGCAGUUGCCUUCAGCCCAGCCGCCAGUCGGCUACUGGCCACCGGCAGCGGCGACCACACGGCACGCAUCUGGGACACGGAGACGGGCACGCCCAAGUUCACGCUGAAGAAACACCGCGGUUGGGUGCUGGCCGUCGCCUGGUCGCCCGACGGGACGCGGCUGGCUACGUGCAGCAUGGACGGCGGUGUGAUUGUGUGGGACCCCGAGACCGGUCUGGCGGUGGGCAAGGAGUUGACGGGCCAUUCCAAGCCCGUGCUGGCUCUGGCGUGGGAACCGUACCACGCGAUGCAAGACGGCGUGCUGCAGCUGGCGAGCGCCAGCAAGGACGGCACCGUGCGUGUGUGGGCAGCCAACUCGGGCACCGUGCAGCACGUCCUCUCGGGCCACAAGGGCAGCGUGAGCUGCGUGAAAUGGGGCGGCGCCGGCUACAUCUACAGCGCGUCGCACGACAAGACGGUGCGCGUCUGGGAUGCGGCGCGCGGCACGCUGGUGCACGAGCUCAAAGCACACGCCCACUGGGUCAACCACCUGGCGCUGUCGACGGACUUUGUGCUGCGGACGGGCUACUUUGACCACCUGACGGGCGGCGGCGGCGCCGAGGGCAUCCCGACGACGGACGAAGCGAAGCGCGAAAAGGCGCGCGCACGCUACGAGAAGGCGGCCGGCGCGCACGGCAAGAGCGGCGAGCGGCUGGUGUCGGCGUCGGACGACUUUACCAUGUACCUGUGGGACCCCAGCAAGACGAAGCCCGUGACGCGCAUGGUGGGCCACCAAAAGGCCAUCAACCACGUCACGUUCUCGCCCGACGGCCUCUUUGUGGCGUCGUCGAGCUGGGACAACCACACCAAGAUCUGGCGGGCGCACGACGGCAGUUUCAGCAGCACGUUGCGGGGCCACGUGGCGCCCGUGUACCAGUGCUCGUGGUCGGCCGACUCGCGCCUGCUGGUGACGGCGUCCAAGGACGCGACGGUCAAAGUGUGGAACGUGCGGGCGGCCAAGCUGGCGGCGGACCUGCCGCACCACGAGGACGAGGUGUAUGCGGUGGAGUGGAGCCCCGAUGGCCAGCGUGUCGCGAGCGGCGGCAAGGACAAGGCGGUGCGGCUAUGGCGGAAUUAG